CGGGGCCAGACUCAUCCGCACACAUCCACCGAGUGUAGCCGUCGGGGGCAUGCUGGGCCGCCGUCGGGACCGCCGUCCUGCGCCGGGCUCCCCAUCAUCUCGCGUAUGCGUAGAUCCGGGCAGGUGGCCGCAUCGCCCACUUAUCUGCAGAUGGUCAUAUGGGACAUGCUGUUUCCCUCUCCCAAUCCUCCAUGUUCGUAAAGCAUUCCCUCCCCCAUCACAACCACAUCUUGUUCGCCACACGCUGCUAGCGACCCAGAUACUCUCUUCUAUCUCGCCUGUGCGAGUGACACACAAUUCGCCCGAGCCGCACCUUCCCUGCCCGCACACCAGCAGCUACUCACCACUAUCGCAACGCCCACGCAACAUGCCGUCGCAACUCGGAAUAUGCAGCAUAUCGCUGGGCCGCUGCUUCGCCGGCCACUCGCUUGAGCACAAGCUGGACAUGGCGCGCAAGCACGGCUUCCAAGGCAUUGAGCUGUUCCAUGAAGACCUGUACGACAUUGCCCAGAAGCUCCCAGGCGGCGCCACGCCCGAGAACGAGCUCGAGGCGGCCAGGGUUAUCCAGCGGCUAUGCCAGGAGCGCAACCUGGCCAUCAUCUGCCUGCAGCCCUUUUGGCACUACGAGGCCCUUGUCGACCGGCAGGAGCACGAGAAGCGGAUAGAAAAGCUGCAGUUCUGGUUCCAGCUCGCCCACGUGCUCGGCACCGACCUCAUCCAGGUGCCGUCCAACUUCCUGCCGGCCGACCAGGUCUCGGCCGACUUCAGCCUGGCCGUGGCGGACCUGCAGAAGAUGGCCGACCUGGGUCUCGCCCAGAGCCCGCCUUUCCGCUUCGUCUACGAGGCCCUCUCCUUUGGCACGCGCUGCGACACGUGGGAGAAGAGCUGGGAGACGGUCCAGGCCGUCGACCGUCCCAACUUUGGCCUGUGCCUCGACACUUUCAACAUGGCCGGCCGCAUCUACGGCGACCCAACCUCGCCCACAGGCUGCACCCAGGAUUGCGACCAGGCCGUCGCCGACAGCAUCGCCCGCCUCGUGUCCACCGUCGACGUGCGCAAGCUCUUUUACAUCCAAGUCGUCGACGCCAAGCGUCUCGAUAAGCCCCUUGUCGAGGGCCACGAGUUCUACAACGCCGACCAGCCACCGCGCAUGAGCUGGGCGCGGACCAGCAGGCUCUUCUACGGCGAGACGGAGCAUGGCGCAUAUCUCCCCAUCACGGCCAUAUCAAAAGCCAUCUUCCAGGGCCUCGGCUUCCAGGGCUGGGUCAGCAUGGAACUGUUCAACAACAGGGCGACAGAAGAGGACCCGGCGGUGCCCGCGGAGCUGGCGAGCCGCGGUGCGAGAGCGUGGCAGAAACUGAUUCGUGACGUGGGCCUUGAGGUUGACAAUAACACGGUUCCUGUAGACGACCGCGUAUCUGCUUCAUUAUGAGCAGUAUGCCUUCGCCAUCAAGGUGUUUAUGCAUUUACAGGUUUCGCAUGAGCGUAUUCUUUGGAAAAUAGAAUUCAAAUUCUUUACACAACAUUUGCAUUGAACCUUUCAAGGCCCGAUCUUUCCAAC